AUGACGUCGCUGAGCCGCAGUACGUCUGCGCCGUUACGCCUGUGCAGCCGCUAUAACUCUGUGCUUGAGAGUGCUCUGGUUGGAUUAGGUCGUGAAGACGCUGUAGUGUUUUCCGCUCGCAAAAAAAAGCGUUAUCAUACCAGCCACGCAGUUCGAGGGAUGGCAAAGGUCUUCAGUGCACCCGAACGGCGCUCACAGACUAUCGCCGAUGACGACGAAGACCCGUUUGCGAGUUUACAAAUCAUUAAGGCAAUAAAAAAGAAGAAGAAGAGGAGAGAAAGAGAAAAGCAAAAUGUGUCGUCUCCCGCUUUAACAAGAAGUGCUACGAAGCUGAAGAGACUGCAGUCGCAACGCUUUGUAGGCGUGUUGGAGAUGGCAGGAUGUACACCUGUAACGCGAUCAAUGGCCAGAAAAAACAGCAAACGAAGUAGUUUGGAGAUGAUUGAGGAUGUUGAAUUGGAGCCGGAGCCAAAAGAGGACGUGAACUUUAACAUUCGGAAAAAACUUGUGUUUCCAUCGCCAAAUCUUGGGAGAAAAAGAAAAAAACGAAAAUUAGACCAAGAACAUUGUUUGAGAAGUGUCAAAAUAAAUGAAAAGAAGAAGGAAAGAGUGAAUAGGAAGGCGAUAGUGUUGAAGCAUUGGUGGAUAGGAUGGCCGAUAAAAUUCGAAGCUGGAAGCGAAAAUAUCGAGAUGGAAAUUCUGGGAUCAGUUGGUGGAAAAGUGCUGCGUUUCAUUGUUGGAAAGCGUGAAGGAGCUACCAAAUUUACGUCCAAAGAUGGUGAAUACGUAGCGCUGAGCGGAAAACUCGACCGAGACACUGCUAAAAGUACUGGUAUACCACGUGCUGUGAUGAAAAUCAUGGAAGACGGAAUCCCACCGCGUUUUUGCAAGCGAUUGCUUCCAUUGGUGCAUAAGUCUCAAAAGGUAGAGGAGCAAAAGUCUGUGGGUACGCAUAAACUGGCGAAUAAAAGAGGAAGAAAAUCUGUGAACAAGAGGCUUAUUAUGCCAGCAGUCAAAGAAGGGAAGGACACUGCCAUUACAUCACCAUCAAGCUCUGGUAAAAAUCUAGACAGGAUACCAAAGACCAGAAGGAUUUAUACUCCAAAACAGAAGAGGAAAAGAAGUGUUUGCACGGACAAGUGUAAUGAGAUGCCAGAUGCAGAUGCGUGGACAGAUGAACAGCUGCAAGCUUUAUCAAAGGCCAAGCAGCAGAUUCCAACAACUGUUUCGAACUUCUGGGCGCAGGUGGCUCAAUACGUAACUGGAAAGUCGGCUCAAGAAUGUCAAUCUAAGACGUUUGAGCACUUUCGAUCUCCGCCAACAAAUCGUAAAGCUGCAAAUAAGCAAUUGAAGCGAGCAGAUAUCAAUAAAAAGCUUGAUGGAACGUCGAAGCUCUCACGUGCAGGCUCAAACAAGUUCAAGAAGCAAGUGCGUGAGUUCGUGGAAGAGUAUGAAAAAAUGCAUGUAGAUGAUGUGUUUGAUUCGACUCCGUCUAAAGAGGGUCUACCAGAACUACCCGAUUUUGGUGCGAUUAAAUCACCAGAGCUCGCUACUCCGUCAUAUAGCGUUGAGGACGAAGAUUCUGACAAGGACAAUGAGACACCCUUUCUGAAAAAGUUGAGCUCGCGUCGGCGUGACGAUAUUGACUCUUAUGUACUUGGGAUCAAUCGCCAGCAUGUCGCCGGUGGGGGGAAAAUGGUGUGUGGUAAGGUGAAGCGUGUAACUGCGAUCAGUACACCCUCUAAUGCAAAGGCGACAAAGGCGACAUCUUCUAAAAGGAAAGCCAUGUCGCUUGUGGAAGAUUUGGGCUCACAUUCAAUGAAAGCGGCUGUGAGUCCAGGAGGAACGGCACGUGUUCGAAUCGAGAUGGAUAGUAGUCUGUCUGAAAACGAAAACUUAGGAAGCAGCGAAGAAGAGGAAGACUUUGAUAUUUUUUGA